GGCGGCAGCCGGGGCUUCCUCGCGCGCCCUCGGCCCCGCGCGGCGUCCUGGCCGGAGAGCGCGCCCGUGCCCGGCACACACGUGUACCGCACCUGCUACUUCGAUCAGAAGGACUUAAGGCCAUCCAGAUGGGUCAACCUCUGCCCAAGGUUUCCAACAGCUUCUUCUGGUUGGACUGGAAGAGACUUUUAGAUGACACAACAGCUCCAUCUGCUGUCUUCUUUAGCCUUUCCUUGCAGUGGGUUCUUUCUGCUCACGACUCUCCCACUAACAAGAGUCAGAGUUUACUGUGGAUGGAUGCAAAAUGAACGACUCCCCAGCACCUUUGGGUUUUCCAUGUUUACCUGCUUUCCCAUCACAGGCUCCUUUCUGUAUGUUGCUGUAGAUAGACCAUUUCGGUUUUUCUGAAGAUCGCACAUUCAAGCAGCGCUACCUCAUAGCAGACCAGCACUGGAAGCAUGACGUUGGGUCAGUCCUCUUCUACACUGGCAACGAAGGAGAUAUCACCUGGUUUGCUAAUAAUACGGGUCUUAUGUGGAAUGCAGCUGAAGAACUUGAUGCCAUAUUGAUAUUUGCUGAGCACAGGUACUAUGGAGAGUCACUGCCCUUUGGAAACAAAUCAUUCACAGAUGCCAAACACCUGAACUACCUAUCUUCCGAGCAAGCUCUUGCUGAUUUUGCAGUGCUCAUUCAGCACCUGAAGAGUACUAUUCCUGGGACCCAAGACACUCCUGUCAUUGCCAUAGGGGGAUCUUACGGAGGGAUGCUUGCUGCCUGGUUUCGAAUGAAAUACCCCCAUAUCGUGAUUGGAGCUCUUGCCGCCUCAGCCCCCAUCUGGCAGUUUGACGACCUGGUUCCCUGUGGUACCUUUUAUAGCAUUGUGACCCAAGACUUCAAAAACAGUGGGGACGGUUGUUCAGAAAGCAUCCGGAACUCCUGGGCAGCCAUCGACCGUCUCUCUUCCUCUGAGCAAGGCCUACGUUGGCUUUCUUGUGCAUUUCACCUGUGCAGCCCACUGAAAACUGUGGUGGACGCGGCCAUCUUCAAAGCGUGGUUGAGUGAGACCUGGGUGAACUUGGCCAUGGCCAACUACCCAUAUAAGGCUGAUUUCUUGCAGCCUCUCCCAGCCUGGCCUAUUCAGGCAGUGUGUCGUUACCUAAAAAAUGCCAAACUGCCUGACAAGCAUUUGCUGCAGAACAUCUUCCAGGCAGUCAACAUCUACUACAACUACACAGGCGGUGUGUCAUGCCUUAACAUGACUCAGACUGCCACCAAAAGCCUUGGGAUUCAGGGCUGGUAUUAUCAGGCUUGCACCGAAAUGGUCAUGCCCAUGUGCUCGGAUGGCAUCAACGACAUGUUCGAGCCACAGAAGUGGGACUUCCACGCAUACUCAGAAGAAUGCUUCAAGGUCUGGGGAGUGAGGCCUCGCCCUUCUUGGAUCCCCACUCUCUACGGGGGGAAAAACAUUAGCACACACAGCAACAUCAUUUUCAGCAACGGCGGGCUGGACCCCUGGUCGGGGGGCGGAGUCACCCAGAACAUCACAAGUUCUCUGAUCACCAUAACGAUCCCGGAAGGAGCCCAUCACUUGGACCUGCGCUCCAACACCCCUUAUGACCCUGCCUCGGUGCUGCAAGCGCGCCUCCUGGAGGUCCGCUACAUGAGGCUCUGGCUGCAGCAGGCCCGGCUUGCCAGGCACCCCAAAUAACUGGCGACCGUCAGAUUUCGUACUGCUUUCUCCUGGCGACCUCAGAGGGACGGAACUGAGCUGUCUCUCUGGCUUGCUUUGCAAGGUUUCUUUUCUUUCUCUCUUCUUGCACUGACACACUGCAGCUCUGGCUGGGGAGUUGGAUCACUGCGUCCCUGCUCAGGCAUCUGAGGACAUUUCCCUCUGCUUGUGGCUGGGCAAUGGGACCCACGGCCGGAAGUGUGGAAUGCUAUCUUGAAAGGGGGAAGGCAGGCACUUUCCCUACUCCCUGGACAUAAUGCAUCAUCGACCUUCAGGACUCAUUGCCACAGGAUAGGAUGAAGCCGGUAGCUUUAAAGGGGGAUUGGAGAAAUUCACAGAAAUCAGGUUUGCCAAUCGGUGUAAGCCACGGUGGGGAACCCGGUGGCCUUAGGUUGUUUCUGGACGUGUCUGCUCCCAACAUUCCUUGUCAGUGGGCUAAUGGGAGCUGGAGUCCAGCCACAGCUGGCUGCCCAUGGGUCUCCCAUCCCUGCUCUGCGCUGUUUGAAGUUCCCUCCUACAGGUUGAACAGCAGCACUGUGGGAAAAUUUUGAGCCUUGGAGGCACCUGGCUCACGGGGGCCAAAAGAAGAGGGUCCUGCAUUCGAGAGGCUCUUGGUCUGGGGUUAAGCUCUCACUGAAGUUUUGGUGGCUGACCAGAUUGUAU